UCCCGUACCAGCUUUCGUUCGUUCGUUCGUUCGUUCGUUCCCAACUCCCGUUCUGUUGCUCUGUUUGUUUCCGGAGAAAAUUGUAACGAUCGCACUAAUGGCAGAAACUAUACCCUUCAAAAAUCUCCAAAGCAGGGAGUACACGGGCCACAAAAAGAAGGUUCACUCUGUGGCUUGGAAUUGUACGGGCACAAAGCUUGCAUCUGGUUCAGUUGAUCAAACAGCUCGAGUUUGGCACAUCGAGCCUCACGGUCAUCAUGGGAAAGUUAAAGAUAUUGAAUUGAAGGGGCAUGCUGAUAGUGUGGAUCAGUUAUGUUGGGACCCUAAACAUGCUGAUUUAAUUGCUACUGCUUCAGGCGACAAAACAGUUCGUUUGUGGGAUGUUCGAAGUGGAAAAUGCUCACAACAAGCUGAACUUAGCGGCGAGAACAUCAACAUAACUUACAAACCUGAUGGGACACACAUUGCUGUUGGUAAUAGGGAUGAUGAACUAACAAUAUUGGAUGUUCGGAAAUUCAAGCCAAUUCAUAGGCGUAAAUUUGGUUAUGAGGUAAACGAGAUUGCUUGGAACAUGACAGGAGAAAUGUUCUUUUUGACUACAGGAAAUGGUACUGUUGAAGUGUUAUCAUACCCAUCUCUUCGACCUCUUGACACUGUCAUGGCUCAUACAGCUGGUUGCUAUUGCAUUGCAAUUGAUCCAAUGGGAAGAUACUUUGCUGUUGGAAGUGCUGAUUCCUUAGUCAGCCUUUGGGAUAUCUCAGAGAUGCUCUGCGUCCGUACAUUCACAAAACUUGAAUGGCCUGUCAGGACUAUAAGCUUUAAUUACACAGGAGAUUAUAUUGCUUCUGCCAGUGAAGAUUUAUUCAUAGAUAUAUCAAAUGUACACACUGGUCGAACGGUGCAUCAAAUUCCAUGUCGUGCUGCCAUGAAUAGUGUGGAAUGGAAUCCCAAGUACAAUCUACUUGCAUAUGCUGGGGAUGACAAGAACAAAUAUCAAGCUGAUGAAGGUGUUUUUCGAAUAUUUGGCUUUGACAAUGCAUAAUUCCUGCAAAACAAAGGCUUGACUUUUUUCUAUAAGGAAGAACCCAUAUCUCAAGACAUACUCUCUCUGUAGUAAUGCUCUAAAUUACAGAAUUAUGAACAUAUGUAUGCCAUACAUAUCCAAUGCUAUAUUCAAUGUUCCUAAAAAGCUCUUAAUGGGAACCCCACCCUAAUCUUUACUCAUGAACUCAAUUCACUAAUUUGUUGACUCUUUCUUUGUUGCU